GGUUCUGCCCGACUCGGCGAGGAUGUGCUGCCUCGCGAGGCCGGCCCUCGAGGCCCCGCCGCUCACGAUGGUGUUGUCCGUCGACGGGCUGUGCAGGGACCUCCAGAGCGCGGACGAGGCGCUGCGCGGCGUCGCCCUGGCCGAGGUCGUGCGCCUGGGGCGGCGGUGCCGCCGGGCCGCGGCCGCGGUGCUGGGCGCGUGUGCGGCCGAGGGCGCUGCCGAAGCUAGGAGGGCUGCCCUGGGCGCCCUGCCCCGCGUGGCUGCGAGGGGCGACGGCUACGCGAUCGGCGUGGCGGGUGCCUGCCUCGAAGACGACUGCGCCGCGGUCCGGCGCGCCGCGGUGGCCGCGCUGAGGCGCCUCGCGGGCAGGGGCGACCGCCACGCGCUCGCCGUGGCCGCGUCGCGGCUGGGGCAUGCCAAGGCGUCCAAAGGGUCGGAGAACGUCGAUGGGGUAGUUUUUCUCGUCCUGGGCCUCCGGAGGCAGGCUUUUCCAGCAGCGCGCCCCGGGCUCCGACUCAUGCCCCGCGCCCUCGCCGCGGCCCUGCUCGCGGCCGCGCUGCGCACGGGUGCCGCCCGCCUGGGGGCCGCCCCCGCCGCGGCCAUGAUCCAGCUGGAGAGGCAGGGCGCGAACGCCUCGUCGGUGGACGCGCUGCUGCGGCACUUCGGGGCGGUGAGCCCCCUCUUCUCCAAGGACAGCUGCACGCAGAUGUUCGACACGAAGAGGAGGCUGGGCGGGGCCGCGACGCCUUCGGACUUCGUCCCCGGCUGCACCGAGGUCUGCAAUCUGGUCGGCAAGAUCAAGGAUUACUGGCAGACGGGGAGCAUGGCCGAGUUCGCGUGCGGCCACAUCAGGGACUACGGGUGCAUCUGGGACGCGGCGGGGCAGACUCGCCCGAAGACCGGGGCGGACGCUGGCUGCUGA